AUGAGCAUUUACUUCUCCGUCCCCGCUGACAUGGGGCCUUGGCCUGCCCUGUGGGUGAUGCUCAUCCUGCUUAAAGGCCAGACCUCAAACACCCAGCCAGGCAUGAUCUCCGUCUUACAGAGUUUCCAGGAAGACCAGUUCCAGGGGGAAUGGUUUGUUGUCGGCCUGGCGGGCAGCACCCACAGGAAGACAGACAGUUCCUUGCUGAGCCCGUUCACUGCGACGUUCGAGAAGAAUGAAAACGGCAGCCUUAAAGUGUCAUAUGCCAUGACCCGGGGCCACCGCUGUAUCACCUGGUCUUAUGUGCUGAUCGCAGCGGCCCAGCCUGGGGGCUUCUCAGUGGACAACACAGCGGCGCCCGGGAAAGGCCCCGAGGAGGUCCAGGUGCACGACACUGACUACAGCGUGUUUGCUCUGAUGCUGUCCAGGAGACGGUCGGGCGGUCAGAGCGUCCUCACGGUCAGCCUGCUGUGCAGGACGUGGGUGAUACGGACCCGGGUGCUGGAGAAGUUCGUCCACCUGGUCAGAGCUCAGGGCCUCUCGGAUAACAACGUCGUCUUCCCGGACUUGGCCGGUCCCGGGCUCUCAGGCUGGGGCGGGAGCCCGGACCCAGCGUAG